AUGCCAGUACCUGAGAGCAAGAGACCGCCAGGGCUCUGCGGCCAGGAAAGCACCUCCUCCACCCUUUCCAAAAAUGCCCCGGAAGUGCCUCCGCCCUCAGUAAAGAUGGCUGUAGUACUUUGCAUGAGGGAGGCGGGGCCGCGCCUGCGCAACAAGUUCGGCGGGGAAGAUGGCGGAUGACAAGGAUUCUCUGCCUAAGCUUAAGGACCUGGCAUUUCUCAAGAACCAGUUGGAACGCCUGCAGCAGCGUGUGGAAGACGAAGUCAACAGUGGUGUGGGCCAGGAUGGCUCGCUCUUGUCCUCCCCAUUCCUCAAGGGCUUCUUAGCCGGCUAUGUGGUGGCCAAACUGAGGGCAUCAGCAGUAUUGGGCUUUGCUGUGGGUACCUGCACUGGCAUCUACGCAGCUCAGGCAUAUGCUGUGCCCAAUGUGGAGAAGACGUUGAGGGACUAUCUUCGGUCAUUGCGCAAGGGGCCCGACUAGCUCUGGAUCCCAUGGGGGAGGAAGGAUGAGCAUCUUGGGCCUGCAGGUAGAGGCCUUUCAACCACAGACACCAUAUCUGGCUUCCCCAGCUAUCACCCUUUUGCUAUCUUCAACUUUUCCACAGUCUUCAUCCUUGCUCUCCUUCUUGCAAAAGGUGAACAGUGGCUUAUCAGCCAAUAAUCUGGACGCCCCUCCUUAACCCCAUGGGACUGGCCCCAAGACUGUGGCUUUUAGGGCCACCGGCCCCUUCCUAUUCCAGCCCUGAGUGUGGAGUUUGCAGCUGACUCUGAUUUUCAGUAUUCUCUCUAGCAAUGUACCACGGCUCUUCCCUCCUGCGAGCCGGCUCCAUA